GUCACCUGACUGGCUCAGCGAGUAAGUUCGGCAAGAAUGGAAGGACAGCGUUUGUUGGGGUUGAGGUUGAGCACGCUGCUGGUAACAGUUGCCAUCAUCGUGGUCUUUCAUUCAGCGCAGCCACUAGCGUUGAAGCAUGCUCCGCGAUUCCUAGGCAAAUUCGCAGCUGCAUCAACCAAACCUUCUGAGUUCCAGCAACCGCAAUUUCACUACGAAACCAGAUACUUCCAACAACGCCUCGACCACUUCAGCUUUUCGGAGCUGCCCACGUUCCCGCAGCGGUACCUUAUCAACACCGAACACUGGGUGGGUCCCCACCGCAUGGGCCCCAUUUUCUUCUACUGCGGCAACGAAGGCGAUAUCGUAUGGUUCGCCGAAAACACGGGCUUCGUUUGGGAAAUCGCCCCUCAAUUCGGGGCUAUGGUGGUUUUUCCAGAACAUCGAUAUUAUGGCGAAUCUAUGCCGUAUGGGAGUAGAGAGGAAGCGUAUAAGAAUGCUACUACGUUAUCGUACCUUACAGCUGAACAAGCGCUUGCUGAUUUUUCUGUUCUGCUCAUUGAUCUGAAGCAAAAUUUUUCCUCCAAGGAUUGCCCCGUUGUGUUGUUUGGAGGAUCAUAUGGUGGAAUGUUAGCAGCAUGGAUGAGACUCAAGUAUCCACAUAUUGCUAUUGGAGCACUGGCUUCAUCGGCUCCAAUUCUUCAAUUUGAAGACAUUGUGCCGCCAGAAACUUUCUAUGACAUUGUUUCCAAUGAUUUCAGGCGUGAAAGUUCCACUUGCUUUAGCUAUAUAAAACAGUCAUGGGAUGAGAUAACAUCUACGGGUCAAACAAAUAACGGCCUUGAGCGUUUGACCAAAACUUUCAACUUAUGUCAGCAAUUGAAGAGGACUGGAGAUCUAAAUGACUGGCUGGAGUCUGCAUAUAGUUAUUUGGCAAUGGUGAACUACCCAUAUCCUUCUGAAUUUUUGAUGCCCUUGCCUGGACACCCCAUCAGGGAGGUUUGCAAAAGGAUUGAUAGGGGUCCUACUGGGACUAGUGUUCUGGAGCGCAUAUAUGAAGGAGUGAAUGUCUACUACAAUUAUACUGGAGAAGCUGAAUGCUUUAAACUGGAUGAUGAUCCUCAUGGCAUGAGCGGUUGGAACUGGCAGGCUUGCACUGAGAUGGUUAUGCCAAUGUCUAGCCGCGAGGAGUCCAGCAUGUUUCCCCCAUACGAGUAUAAUUAUCCAUCUUUCCAAGAGGAGUGCUUCAAGAAUUUCGGAGUAAAGCCAAGGCCAAAAUGGAUUACUACAGAAUUUGGUGGACAUAAUAUCCAUGCCACCUUGAAGAAAUUUGGAAGCAAUAUAAUUUUCUCAAAUGGCCUCUUGGAUCCGUGGAGUGGUGGCAGCGUUUUGCAGAAUAUAUCUGAAAGCGUUGUUUCACUUGUCACUGAAGAAGGUAAAGAAUUUGAUUGUUUUGAAUUUGUUAGUAUUCUAACGUAUGGAUCCAAGUCUAUUUUCUUGUCUGAAAUUAAUACUAGUAUUUUUCUACAUGGCAUUGGUAUAAUCUACAUCUAUUUUGCCUUAUUGAUUAUAAUCCCUUUUGACUUCUUUCUAACACCUUUAAACUGCAGAGUGCCCCUUUGCCAUUUUGGUCCAAAAAACUCGAGGCACUUCAUUACAUUAAUUGAAAAAGUUAAUCAUUUUUUCUUAAAUCAACUCAGGUGCGCACCACAUAGAUUUACGUGCUUCAACUCUAAAUGAUCCUGAUUGGUUGGUAGAGCAGAGGGAGACUGAGAUCAAGCUAAUAGAAGGUUGGAUCAAUGACUACUACCAGAAAAAUAAAGCUAUAUUCGAUAUGUAAUACAAUUUUUUACCCUAUACUUCUCUCUGCAUGCUUUACCACUGUUCUGUACAUAGCUCAACAAAGUACGUCUUUUUUUUGGUCCAACAAAUUACGUUUGUUUGUAUUGUAAUUGUUCUGGGGCAACACACACACAAACACACAAAAGCGUGCAACGGAGAGACCCGAAUAUUACCACGUUUGAGCCACGGGUUGGUACUAUGCGUAUCUCUGGCAUGAAUUGCAUCACCCAACGUGUCCCGCAGCUACGUAAUGAACUUGAUUAGGGUGUAAUAACUAUAUAGUUUAUACUCACAAAACGAGAAAAUUCAGAUGUCAAAUUAAAAAUUAAAAUGUUUUCACUCCCAAUUCAUAUGAUUGGGUUGUAACUAGAAAUGUAAUCACCACUAAAAUAAAAAUGAGUGUCAAAGUAUAAUAAUGUAUUUUCAGAUUCCUAUUUAACUUAAGACUAAAGUAAAACGAGCAUCCAAAAUUUUAAAAAUUAUAAACACUUUCCUCCUAAGCAACGUUUUUCAGAUUAAUCUGCACUUAAACAAGCUUAUUGGGAGAGCAUUAAAAAAAAACAAACUAGUUAGGUGGUCAAAAUUUUGGCCUCACAAAGAGUGGAUAAUAUUCUUGGUGGCACAUGGCAGAGAAGUAAUGUGUGCACUGACUAUCUGACAAACAACAGUUUGGCUAAAUAAAGAACGAACGAGAAUGAAGUUCCAGCAGAUUCUUGACUAUCAAUCGUCCAGAAUGAACGUUCUUAUUCUUGUUAACAAAUGAGGAUAUGUUUCGCUUGUGGCUUUUCUUUCCUUCUCAUUUUUUUUCUUAAUUUUGGGCCUCAGGCGUAAGGCCCAUUUCAUACAAAAACAAUAGCC